ACCGAAAUUAUGAUGUCAAGGUUAGUCCUAGUCAUGUGUCUGGUAUGGAUAGUAAACCCGGCUAUGAUUCAGAUGACGAAUUCUUCGAUUGCCAGUCAGAGGCUUGUUUUUAUGCUGUAGCUUCUCCUUUGAGUAAAGGGCGAGGUGAAGUUUUUGUGGAUCCUAAGAGGGCUUAUUUAAAGUUACGUGGUAUCACGGGUGCUAGGCUUAAGUUAUUUGCUAACCAUGUGGAUGCCAACAAAUUUGCGAAUACUCCAGUUGACGAAGAGAACCUCUCCAACCCCUACCCUCCAUCACCCAAAGCUGAUGUUGAAAGCAGUCCAUACCCCAGUGCUAGUCAACAAACCCUGAUUCGUUUUCGAUCAAUGUUAGAUAGUGGGAACGUUGAUGUUGUUAAACAAAUGGUAGACGAGAACCCGAUGAUUUUAGUAACGACUAGUGACACACCCACAAUAUUGCAAAUACGCUUUCGAUAUAAUGCAUUACAUGUGGUUGCUUCAAAAGGAAACGUCAACUUGCUUCAGUUUCUUCUAAAUUGUAUUGAUUCUGAUAAAUUUUGGGAACGUCUGUAUCCAGGUGCAUCUAAAGAAACGUCUUAUCGGCGUCAACAGUAUGUUCUAGACUUAUAUUUGAAUAGUCCUGAACUUGGAAACUUUGAAACUCCCCUACAUUUCGCUAGCAAAUAUGGACAUAUUGAAUGUGUUUCCAUGCUUGCGCGGCAUCCAUUGACAAAGCUCGACCCUCGUAACUUUGCAGGUCAUACGCCUGUAGAUUUGGCUGCUACUCGUUUGACCAGUCAAGAGAAAAUCCCCCAUUCGGAUUUCGAUUGUCCCACUAACAUUGUUAAUAGAAUUCUACAUAUUUUUGAUGAGAGUUACAUUGUAUUAGCAGAUGUGGAGAUUUCAGAACUAGCUAUAAUAAAGACUAGGAUACUAGCACCCUUGAACACGCGUGAAUUUCAAACGAUGUUAGGGUUGUAUGCACGGAAUUCGUGUAAAACAUUUAAAAAUGCAACCCAUGUGAAACCAUUUCCUACACAAAACAAUCAAUAUUAUUUCUUCAGGAGUUCAGUGGAAAAAGGGGAUUGUCUCAAAGUUAAGAUUAAUGGCAAUGUUCGCCGGUUACGAGGCUUCUCAGGACCAAUGCCGAGUGAUGUAGCUGUUGAAUUUCGAAAAAAAUGGCUUCAAUACAAUGCACCUAAUGCUGUUGACUACAAAUCUUUUUCACAUCUUCGUCUAAUUGAUUCGGAAAAAGGAUAUGAACGCCAAGGACGGGAAAUGUCCGGUGAAAGAGACUCAGUAGACAAAGCUGUUGUUGUCAGUCCCAUUGUACAACUUCUGAAGCGUUUGACGUUUGUAAGUCCAAUGCGUUGGUUAAGAGCAGUUAAUCAAGUAGACGGAGAUGGCCAGAAGUCUUUAACGACAGACAACAUAAUCCCAAUUAGUGAUGCCAAUUCUACUACCAAUAAACUUUUUGGUUAUGUGUCUGAACUGAGAUUUUCAAACAAACGCAGAAUAUCAACAUCAAGCAUUCAGAGCUUAGAUUCGCCUUUAGAAAAGCCUGGUGGCAAGAAACACUCGCCCGGUAAAACAGAAACUAAACCAACAUCUGAAUUAACAACAAAACAAUUACCACACUACUUCACUAAUAUCUACAAAGCGUUGCCUGGAAAUGACGACGAGCUAAAAUAUUUUAACCCGCUUGAGUUGCCACUUCAAAAAUCUACACCAUCUCUUGUACUAUCCACGUCAAACAAUUCUAAAUUUAUAAAAUGUAUUCAACUAACUGAAUACGUUCAAUCUUUUUAAAUAAGUCCUCAUAAAUGUUUAGCUGAUAAUAAACAAGAGUAAAAAGAUAACUAUGUGUACAAUAUAUUUUUCUUAAAGCUUAUGUUUUCUAGGUACAUUUCGCAAUCUGAUGCUUUAUAUAUUCACACAUAUAUAUGUUACAUGUUUUUUUGUCAAUUCCGAUUAAUUCUUAGAAGGAAAAAUGCUUCAUACGAAUGAAAUAUCAAAUGUGUUCUCACACGCCAAACAAGGUCAAACAAAAAAAGCAUCACUUCAUGCAAUAUACUGUUACGAGUCAUCAAUUAUUACUUGUGCGAUGCUAAAAUACUGGGAAUUUUCUUUCACAAAGUACUGUUCCUUUAAUACGAAAAAGCAUAAGAAACAACCAUAAUAUUAAACAUAAAGUUGCAUUUAAGAACAAAGUUUCGUAUAAAAUAGAUUGCUCGUUUUGACAAGAAAAGUGAUUCACUCUAGAAACGGAUAAUGUAUUCAUCAGCAACUGUUCAGUUCAUCCAGAGAAAAUUGGUUAAAUGUUAAGCUUAUUUUUGUACCGCAGGAAAAACAAUCUGUACUGUCAGUGGUUAAGUUAAUAUAACGAGAGUGUAGGUCUGCUUCAGCUUUGUUGUAUGCUACUACUGCAUAGUCAGCCCAUGGAAUACGUUUAUUUACCAUUUAGAAAUCAGCAGUUCUACUUUCUGUUAAUCUGUUUAUACACCACCGUAGCGCUGCAAAAUGCAUUUUCGAUAUAUCUUUUAGUGAUUAGUACUUACUCCUGAGGAACAGCAAUUCAUGUAACUAUUUACGGUGACAACUAAUUUCCAGGUUCUCAUACUACAAUUAGUGCUAAGUUGCAAGACGUAUGGUAAUGCAUACGUAGAUCUAAGAUACUUUGAUGCGCGUUACAACCUGCUUAGGUCAGUAAACUAUUGGGUGUAGGCAACUAUUUAUGCCGCAUACCCUGAUGACCUUACUUUUAUUGGUAACUACGACCACUCUCUUAAUAUCCAGACACUAAUCCCAAGGAAACACAGUUCACUAUUUCUGCCCACAAAAUCUCGACAUAAAUACACUGGCAACCAAGGCGUGGAAAGUGACCAAACUAACGAUACUACAUAUUGUUGAUGCACUACAUUUUUGUGUUUUGUUGUGAAGCGAUUAAAAACCCUCCGAAAGGUGUUUAGGUGUAUUUUUAAGUGAAUCGACCGAUGGGCACUACGGUCUAAUUGAUCCUAGAAUGUCAUUUGAUGCAAAAAGUCAUUAUCCACAUGAUGAAGGUUUGCUUUAAGACUUCCAGUAGCGUCAUCCAGUCUGUUUUGAAGAUGGGAAGGAUGUUAAGUCUCAAACCAUUUCCUGACCCUUUCUAACUGUAACCUUUAAUCUUGGUAUUGCCGGACCUCUUUUGUAAUGGCUUGAGGAUUUCCUAGUAGGUCGCAGAUAGGAAGUAAGAAUAAAUCCCAAGUUCUCUACCUGGAGACUAGUACUUGGUGGAGUAACUCAAAGUUCUGUCCUAGGUCCUUUACUUUUUAUACCGUACAGUCCUCAACGUUAUUAUACGCUGACGAUGUAAGUCUGGCGAGAAACAACGGGAGACGCAGAUGCAUGCGCACUUAGGGCAGACUUAAAUAAUAUGACUAACUGGUCUGGAGAGUGGCUGAUGCCUAUCAAUGCGGAAAAGUGUCUAUAUACACUUUUGGGAUGCAGAGCUUAAUAGGUACGGCAUAGGGAAGUGCCUGUACCCGUCGUUCUGUCUCAUAAGGAUCUUGAGGUGACAGUGAGUCAUGAUCUUAAGACCAAUGCCCACUGCCGGAGGUCGCAGCUAAGGGGUUUAGAAUCCUCUGGGUCUUAAGAUGGACAUUCACUAAUUUAGCUACUUCCAUGUUCACUACAGUAUACAAAACCUUAGUGAGGACUAAGCUUGAGAACUGCGUCAAGGCUGCAAGCUUCUGUUUAAAAGGUGAAUUGGAUAUCUUGGUAAAAGUACAGAGGGUAGCUACCCAUGCAAUUCCAGAGCUCCGGGACUUACUAUACAAAGAACGGCUUGAAAAGCUGGACCUCUUUGCUCUGCCGUAUCUCAGACUAGGAUAUGAUCUAAUUUUGGUGUAUAGCAUACUAAAAAUAAUUUUGGACCCAGUAUACUCUUUAUUUUCACUAGACCGGGACAUCUUAGAGGACAUUGCAGGAGGGCAGGGAAGCCAAGAACGAACAAAAUACCCGUCACAUACAUAAUCCCAUUGUUGCAUACUAUAAUGUAAAUGUAUGUUGUUUCAUCAGUGCUUAAUUCAUUAUGAUUAACCAUUUAAUUACGUCUUAUGUUAUAUUUAGCCCGCUAACAAGCAAUAUGUCAUUGUUGACGUCCCUAUCAAGAAACAACUCAUGAUAGCAGCCAAGAAGUUGAUUGUUAGCAAAGAACUGUGCCUUUAUCCAACGGGCUUGUCGAUAUCCACCUACAAAGGUGCGACCAACCAGAUGAAAAUUGGGCAGUUCUGAAAUGUAGUCAUUGACGAAUUCGGUUAGUAACAAACAUAGAAACUAUGAUUUACUAGAGAUUCUCUGCGGUUGGCGAAAAAUGUUUUACUUUCAAUGCAAAUACUGGAAUCUCACCGUAGAAACACUUCUACGGAUGAGAACACAUUGCCACAAAACAGUGAGAAGCCCAAGAGGUCAGUACAAUAAUGCUACAAACAUUUCCUAGAGGUGUUCGACAAAUUCAUAUCGCCAAGUAGGUUUUAUUACUAUUUAGAUAUGCACGAAUUAGUUCGACACAAUUAGAGACCACCAUCCACAUCGGAAUCUAAGCACGUUGGUGGUGCUAUAGCGGACCAGUAAGUAACCUGCAUCAUCUAGUAACCUUUUUCAGCUGUGGUAGGUUGUAUACCGUGGUGCUGAACAUGUCGUCAGCUGUCACUGACUUGACUAAAACGAUAAACAACAUAUCGUCGGCCAUUACUGACUUGAAUAUUAAUGUAAAGCAAUUACUAUCUAAGUCUAAUGAACGCGAAAAACCGCAUCAAUCUGAUUGCGGACUCUCGAGUCAGCAGUUCCCUUUGUCAUCUGAAGAGGAACUGCAGAUGCUGGACACUGGUUUGCAGCAGAAAGAAACCAGGGACAGAUUUGUAAGUCAUUAACAUUAAUUUAAUUUGUCACUAUUACAGAUGGCAAUGGUUACUAGGUUAUCAAGUGAUGAUCCAAAAACGUCGAUGCGGUUUGUUCUGUCGCAUCUCUUGACACCUGAGGUUGCCAGUAAAUUCACGUUACUUGGCACCUCUUCAAAGCGAGCACUUCAGAAAUGCAAGUUUUACGGCUGCAUACGAAGUAACCUAUAUCUAUUAUUUAAACUUCAGGUGCCUUAACUAAUCGCUUUUUGUCAUCCGCUGUCGACGAAAAAGACCUUGGUAAGCUGUACGACAUCGCGACACAAGGUUACUUUCACGAUAUCCGAGACAAGAUGAUAAAGCGUAAUAGAAGAAAACAAGAUCAGGUAUGUACUAAUUUAAAGUGAUAACUUCCCUACGGCUCUAUGGUUACAGUCAACAAUAUUAACGAACAUAACCGUAAGUUCAGCUUCAAGAAUUUGGCUGUGCCAAAGCAUGUCAUUGAGAUAUGGUUGUGACUUUUUUUUCUUUUUUUUUUAAUUCAGAAUUCACGGGACGACUACCUCAAUUCUCAAUAGCCGAACGAACGUGACUUAAGGGAAUACUCCAUGCAAUUUUCUUUAUGUUCUACCUCAUUUUUAAUAAACAAUUUUUGGUAAAAGAGCUUACUUUAUUACUUAUAUGGAAAACUAUAGAAGUGCACGACAUGUUGACAAUGUGUGUUUGAGUGUCAGUGAAAUUUUGACUAAAUGCACAUUCCUUAUAGACAAUACAUCACCUGUUCCUUCUUUUGCAGAUAAUUUCAAAGAACAAUGAAUUAGCAAUUGCAAUGGAUAUGCAAAACAAUCGAUGCUUAAGCUUCUGCUCUAGUGUUGUACAAUAAUACGCUGUUCCUUCUAAAUAAAAUUUUUCAAAAAUAUACCGGUUUUCUAGUGCAUUGCAGAUUUAUUUUGGUCUGUUGCUGAAAAUAAAGGCGAACAUAGGAGACCUUUGGGGUUAUGUCAAUGGAUAGAAAAUAGGUAGUUCUGUGUGUAUUUAGGCGAAAAGUAGACAAUCAAGUGUAUAAGUAGGUAAUUCCGCGGGAAUUUAGGCGAAAAGUAUACAAUCCAGCGGACAUUUAGGCGAAAAGUAGACAAUUCGGCGGAUAUUUAGGCGAAAGUUAGGCAAUUCAGUGGACAUUUAGGCGAAAAGUGAGUAAUUUGUCAACAAAGCGGCGAAAAAGGGGGGAAUCCGCAUUAUUUCCCCCGGACAGGCGACAUUCCGGUGCGUUUUACCCCUUAUUUUCCCUUUCGCUACCAAAGCAUUUAUUUCCCCUCUGUUCGCCUUUAUUUCCCCUUUUUUGGUUGUCUGGGCUAUAGUCCCCAAUCUGUCCGUAACCGUUGCGACCUCUGUUUAUUGUUAUUCCCUCUAACUAUUGUGUGUGACAAAGCAAAACACAACUCAAUGGUAAUAAAUAAAUACAUACGAAAACACACAAUAGUGUCGUCAAUACCGUAACGCGCGCAUUAAAUUUCAGUAUCCUAUAUCUUCAAAGCGACUGGGACCGGUCAUGAGUUUAGGCGGGUGAAUUUAUCCGCAACGCAACAAUGUAAACUUAAUGUAUCGCCUAG